AUGACUGUAACAACGACCGCAAGCAGUGACAAUAAGCUCGACUUUUCAACCUUCUCCAACAUAAUUGAUGGACAACGCAGCUACACUGAGUCCACCCGAUGCGGCACUAAUCCCGCCACCAAUGAAAAGCUUUUCCCCUGUCCUGUAUCUACCCACGAGGACGUCGAAAAUGCAAUAGAAAUAGCCAAAUCGGCCUUCAAGACAUGGAGAAAGACCUCUAUUAAGCACCGAAAGGAGCAACUGGGGGCCUGCGCUGCUGCUCUAAUUGAGCACAAGGCGGAAUUUGCCAGGCUACUCACAAUCGAGCAGGGAAAGCCGACCAUGUUCGCGGAACAGGAAGUCGACUUUGGUGCCCAUUGGCUGGCCGGGACCUGUGAGCUUGACCUUCCCGAGGAAGUAGUGGAAGACAGUUCCGAGAAAUAUAUACAAACAAGAUAUGUGCCACUUGGAGUAGUGGUUGGCAUUGUUCCAUGGAACUUUCCCAUCAUGCUGCUAUGCGGUAAAUUGGCGCCGGCGGUGAUGACCGGCAACACCAUCAUUAUCAAACCCUCGCCAUUCACUCCGUAUUGCGGUAUCAAGAUUGUGGAACUGGCACAACGGUUCUUCCCCCCGGGUGUCAUUCAGGUGCUGAGCGGCGAUGAUAGCCUUGGCCCUUGGUUAACGGCACAUCCCGGGGUUGACAAGAUCAGCUUUACUGGGUCAACAGCUACUGGAAAGAAAGUCAUGGAGAGCGCAAGCAAAAAUCUAACGCGAAUUACACUCGAGCUUGGUGGGAACGAUGCCGCGAUUGUCUGCUCUGAUGUCAACGUGGAGGAAACGGUCAUCCAGGUGGCGAAUGCAGCCUUUUUGAAUUCUGGGCAAAUAUGCAUUGCGAUUAAACGAAUUUACGUCCACAAAGAUAUAUAUGCGCAUUUCCGGGACGCCUUUGUCAAAUACGUGUCGGCGUUGAAGAUUGGCAAUGGCUUGGAGGCAGGGACGUUCCUGGGGCCAGUACAGAACAAAUUACAGUAUGACCGUGUUGGAUUAUUCCUGGAUGAUAUUCAGAGGCGGAAGCAGGCCAUUGCCACCGGUGGAAGCGUUGUUGGAACAGCAACGGACGGCUUGUUCGUUCAUCCCACAGUUAUUGAUAAUCCUCCGGAUGACAGUAAAAUUGUCGUGGAGGAGCCCUUUGGACCUAUUGUUCCAUUGUUGGAAUGGUCAGAUGUUGACGAGGUUAUCGACCGAGCGAACACCAGCAAUAUGGGCCUAGGAUCCUCCGUUUGGACAAAUGAUCAAACCCUGGCCCAGAGAAUCGCGGAAGAUGUGGAGGUAGGCAGUGUGUGGACCAACGAGCAUCUGGCUAUUCGACCCACGGCUGCCUUUGGGGGCCACAAGAAGAGUGGAAUUGGAGCUGCGUGGGGGUUGGAUGGCCUGAGGGCGUACUGCAACACACAGACCCUUUACUUUCGCAGGGCCAGUGCUUAG